CUUGACAUUUAUCAAUAUUUCUCUGCAUUCCUAUCCAUUUUGACAGGUGCCUUUAUCAAAUACAUCUAUAAACGAAAUUAGUAUACACUUGUGCAAUCUAGAGAGAAAAGUUCUCAAACUAGAUGUUGAGGUAUUCUUACUGAGGUAUUUAUUGUAGUUGCACUGUAACUUUCAGGAAUUACUAGUGCGAUCUUUAAUAAUAAUUUGAACCUUCACUAAGCCAUUAACUUGUUAAAGUGAAGGGAUGAUGAUUUUUCAGAGUUGUUCUUGCUCUGUUCAGGAGGAAGAGUGUUAUUGCAUGCACCUAUUUUUAUCUAAAUUUAUUCAGAAGAAAAAGAGAAAUAAACGACCUAUGCGCUUGAAACUUGAUUUGAUGCAAGGCUAACUAUCAUUUUAGAGUCUAACAGGUUAUCCCAUGUUGAAGAGAUACUUUAUAUCUAGUGAACCCUCAAAUUCGAGGUCUUUCUUACAAUACGAGUUGGAUUUUGAGCUGUUAGGGAAGUGAAUUUUCCCCCAGGCUCACUAUUAUUAUCCUUGAGACUCUUCCUUGCUGCUGGCUAAGGAUUGGGCAAAAUCCAGGGGAUAUUGCGUUUGGUUCUGCUAAAGGUCCUGGAAAGCCAGCUUAACUGCCAUUUGUGCCUUCCUUGUGCCAAACAUGUCUAUAAUUGGAGAAGCAGUUUUAUCUGCUUUCCUUCAAGUAUUGUUUGACAAAUUGGCUUCUCCUGAGUUGCUCAAGUUUGCCAGGCAAGAACAAGUUUAUGCUGAUAUCAAGAAAUGGGAGAAGAUACUGCUUAAAAUACAUGCAGUUCUUGAUGAUGCAGAAGAGAAGCAGCUGACAAAUCAAUUUGUGAAGAUUUGGUUGGCUGAGCUUAGGGACCUGGCUUAUGAUGUAGAAGACAUACUGGAUGAAUUUGCCACAGAAGCUGUGCAUCGUGGAUUGAUCUUUGAAUCAGAAGCCAACACAAGUAAGCUACUCAAGCUUAUCCAUACUUGUAACGGUCUUAUUUCAAGUAAUUCUGUGUUUAGAGUUAGGAUGAUAUCAAAAAUGAAAGGGAUUACUACUAGAUUGCAAGCCAUAUCUAAUCAAAAAAAUUACCUGAAUUUGAGGGAAAAUUUGGAAGGAAGCUCCACUAAAGUAAGAAAAAGGUUGCCCACAACUUCUUUGGUAAAUGAAACUCAGGUUUUUGGCAGGGAAAGAGAUAAAGAGGCUGUACUUGAAUUAUUGCUGACGGAUUAUGCGAAUGAUAGCAAAGUGUGUGUAAUUGCAAUCAUAGGCAUGGGUGGGGUAGGCAAGACUACUCUUGCACAACUCGUCUUUAAUGAUACCAAAGUGAAGGAUUCUUUUGAUCUAAAAGUAUGGGCUUGUGUAUCUGACGAAUUUGAUGUUUUAAACAUAACGAAAUCCAUUCUCGAAUCAAUCACAAACAGGAGUGUUGGCUCCAAUCUAAAUUUGCUUCAGGGAAGACUACAAGAUAUCCUGACAGAAAAAAGGUUUCUGCUUGUUCUAGAUGAUGUUUGGAACGAGAACUACCAAUACUGGGAUGCCCUUUGCAGUCCUUUUAGUAAUGGAGCACCAGGGAGUAAAAUACUUGUCACUACUCGAUGUGAAAGCGUUGCAUCCGUCAUGGGUUCUGUUGCAAUUUACCAUCUAAAGGAGUUGCCAUAUGAUAGUUGUUUGCUGCUAUUCACACAACUUUCAUUGGGAACUAACAACUUUGAUGCACAUCCGAGCUUAAAAGAAAUUGGCGAGGGAAUAGUGGAAAAAUGUAAAGGCCUGCCUUUGGCAGCAAAGACACUUGGAAGCCUCUUGCACACAAAAGUGAGCCAGGAUGAGUGGGAGGAUAUAUUUAGCAGCAAAAUAUGGGACCUAUCGGAAGAGCAAAGUGGUAUUCUUCCGGCUCUAAGGUUGAGCUAUCAUCAUCUGCCUUCUCACUUGAAGCAGUGUUUUGCUUACUGCUCAAUUUUUCCGAAGGACUAUGAAUUCAGCAAAGAGGAGUUAAUUCUUUUGUGGAUGGCCGAAGGUUUUUUGCAACAGCCAAAAGGAACAAAAAGAAUGGAAAACUUGGGAGCGAAGUACUUUGAUGAUCUACUAUCGAGAUCAUUAUUUCAACAAUCAACCAAAAAUGGACUGCGAUAUGUAAUGCAUGAUCUCAUCAAUGAUUUAGCUCAGUAUGUAGCUGGAGAUGUCUGCUUCAGGUUGGAGGAAAGGUUAGGGAACGUGCAGAAAGCUAGGCAUGUGUCUUAUAUUCGUAAUCGAUAUGAAGUCUUCAAAAAAUUUGAGGUUCUUUAUAAAGCUCAAAAUUUGAGGACUUUCUUACCGCUGCCAAUUCACGUUGCUGUUAGUUGGCGUAAUUUUUACAUUACAGGGAACAUAAUGUAUGAAUUGCUUCCAAAACUAAGACGUCUGCGGGUGCUGUCCUUGAGUGGCUAUUGCAUAAAUGUGCUGCCAAAUCUGAUUGGCAAGCUAAAACACUUGCGAUACCUUGACUUAUCCCACACUUUGAUCAAAACCUUGCCCGAGUCCGUGAGUGCUCUCCACAAUCUGCAAUCACUAGUCUUACAUAGUUGUGGUGCUCUUUCAAAGUUGCCUGCAGGCAUUGUGAACCUCAUUAAUCUGCGUCAUCUAGACAUUACUAAUACGAAACAACUGCGAGAGCUUCCUUUACUGAUUGGUAAACUGAAAAAUUUGCGGACAUUAACCAAAUUUAUGGUGGGGAAUAGUGCCGGAUCAAAAUUAACAGAACUGAGGGACAUGUUGCGUCUUCGUGGGAAGCUAACCAUUACUGGCUUGCAUAAUGUGGAAAAUGUCUUUGAUGCUGGGGGAGCAAACUUACAGUUUAAGCAUGAUCUUCAAGAGUUAGUCAUGAAAUGGAGCAGUAAUAAUGAAUUUCAAAAUGAAAGGGUUGAGACAUUGGAUAUUGAUGUCCUUGACAUGCUGCAACCUCAUAAGAACCUGAAAGCUUUGAAAAUUGAGUUUUAUGCAGGUGUGACAUUUCCGAGUUGGAUUGGACAUCCUUCAUUCUCUAACCUCAAUGGUUUAACUCUCAAAAACUGCACAAAAUGCUCAUCAUUGCCGUCACUUGGGAGAUUGCCCUUUCUUGAGGAUUUGUGCAUUGAAGGCAUGCAUAGUUUAAAAAGUAUAGGUCUGGAGUUCUAUGGGGAAGAUUCCUCCUUCACGCCUUUCCCAUUCUUGAAGAUAUUAACAUUUAGUGAUAUGUUAGAAUGGGAGGACUGGUGUUCUGCAAUCCCAGAGGAAGCUUUUGUCAGUGAAUUCCCUAGCCUCUGUGAGCUUUGCAUAAGGAAUUGUCCCAAGUUAGUAAGGAGGUUGCCAAACUACCUACCAUCACUCAGAAAACUUGACAUUAGUAAAUGUCCAUGUUUGGAAGUUGAGUUUUCUAGGCCUUCAUCUCUCUGCGACGUGAAUUUGGAAGAAUGCAAGGAGACGGCAGUAACGAGUGUAGUAAAUCUCAUCUCAUCUACACUCUUUAACUUGCAACUUCGGGGCAUUUCAAAUUUUAACCAGUUUCCAGAAAGAGUUGUGCAGUCCUCACUGGCACUUAAAGUUAUGAACAUUAUUAAUUGCAGUGAACUGACUACUUUAAGACAGGCUGGAGAUCAUAUGCUACUCAGCAGACUUGAAAAAUUAGAACUGUGUAACUGCAAUAACUUGAAAGAGUUACCAGAUGGUUUGUUUAGCUUCACCUCACUCGCAGACUUGAAGAUCAAGAGAUGUCCAAAAAUUUUGUCAUUUCCUGAGCCAGGGUCUCCAUUCAUGCUUAGACAUCUUAUUCUUGAAGAAUGUGAAGCUCUGGAAUGCCUACCUGAAGGAAUAGUGAUGCAAAGAAACAAUGAGAGCAACAAUAAUAUAUCCCAUCUUGAGAGCUUGGAAAUCAUUAAAUGUCCAUCUCUAAAAUUUUUUCCAAGAGGUGAGUUACCAGCCAGCCUGAAAGUUCUUAAGAUAUGGGAUUGUAUGCGGUUGGAAUCAUUUGCAAGACCGACGUUGCAGAAUACUCUGUCACUUGAGUGCCUUAGUGUGAGGAAGUAUUCAAAUCUAAUAACCUUACCUGAGUGCCUGCAUUGCUUCUCUCAUCUUAUUGAACUGCAUAUAAGCUAUUGUGCUGGUCUAGAAUCAUUCCCAGAAAGAGGCCUACCUUCUUUGAAUUUGAGAAGGUUUUAUGUCUUUAAUUGUCCUAAUCUCAAGUCCCUGCCUGACAAUAUGCAAAGCCUUACAGCACUCCAGCAUUUAGGAGUAUCUAGUUGUCCAGGUAUUUUGUCAUUUCCUGAAGGCGGGUUGCCCUCCAAUCUAACAUCAAUUCGGGUCAGUAAUUGCGAGAAUCUCCCGCACUUAUCUGAGUGGGGAUUACAUAGACUCCUGUUCCUCAAGGACUUGACUAUUUCUGGUGGAUGUCCAAAUUUGGUGUCCUUCGCACAAGACUGUCGGCUUCCUGCAACUCUAAUUUCACUACGCAUUGGGAAGCUCCUCAAUCUAGAGUCUUUAUCCAUGGCACUCCAACACCUUACCUCACUUGAGGUAUUGGAAAUUACCGAGUGUCCUAAGCUCCGAUCAUUGCCGAAGGAAGGGCUGCCUGUCACUCUUUCUGUCCUAGAAAUCUUGGAUUGUCCUAUGCUGAAAAGACAGCUGCUGAAUAAGAAAGGAAAAUAUGCAUCUAUUAUAGCCAAUAUCCCUCGUGUUGAGAUUGAUGAAAUAUUACUACAAUGAACUGUAAGUAUGAGAAGUUUUCUGCACUAUAAAGCAAAGGUGUUGAACUACAGAUCGUGAUUCUUCAGAUCUUGUCGUUCUCUGUUCUAGAUUAGUCUUUACUUCCACCGAUUCCAUGUUCAUUCCAGAGGAAUAACAGCUUCUGAAUCUUAUUACGAUGUGUGGUUUUCUAA